AGGCCUUCCAUACAUCAAGGCCCCUCUCUUCUCCUCGCCGCGUCUCGCUGAUUUGUUCUGCGUUGUCCUUUUUCCUCCUUCUCCUGCAUUCACGCUCUCUGCCAAUUUCAAUCCUCACCUAUCACACGAUAUCCUCCUCGAUACCUGCGAGUACCCCUUGCCCAGUCUCGAUCUGACUGCCUAUCUCGCUCUCGCCCCGCGAACCUUCUACGUCAUUCGAGUUCCCACCAGCUUCCACGCCGGUUUGCCAACUGGGACUGAAUUUUAUUUCCCCUCGACCCCGGUUGCUUUGGCACCUGCAUUCUUUUCGUGAUCUUUGUUUACUGGCGGCUCCAUCCUUAUUUAUUGAGCUCCAAUUAGAGUUUUGUCGACCCUGUUCUGCCCUGACCGGCAUCUUUAAUUCUCUUCACCCGCCACACAACACCUUUCCUACGACACAAUGGUUGCGGAAACCAAACUCUACGAUUCCUUGAGCAUCAAGCCCGACGCUUCUCAAGAUGAUAUUAAAAAAGCCUACCGGAAGGCGGCAUUGAAGUACCACCCGGACAAGAACAAGGAUAACCCCGCUGCGUCGGAGAAGUUCAAAGACGUUUCCCAAGCUUACGAAGUCCUCUCCGACCCGGAAAAACGUAAGGUUUAUGACCAAUUCGGCCUCGAGUAUCUCCUUCGCGGUGGUCCGCCUCCCUCGCCCGGUGGUGGUGGUGGCGGCGGCGCCGGAGGCAGCCCCUUCGAUGGGGGCAUGCCGGGAGGAUUCUCGUUCGGAGGCAUGCCCGGCGGCGGCGGCGGUCGCACAUUCCACUUCUCGACGAGCCCUGGCGGCGGCGGCUCCGGCUUCCGCUUCAGCUCCGCCGACGAUAUCUUCCGGAACUUCGCCAAGGCUGGCGGCGGCGGCGGCAUGGGCAUGGAUGAUGACGAUCUCUUCUCCAUGCUCGGUGGCGGCCUAGGUGGUGGCCGCGGCUUCCGAUCGAGCCGUCCCAGUGGGUUCCAGCAGUCCCGACGCGCUCCUCCCCCCGAGCCGACCGUGAUGGAGAAGGAGCUGCCGCUGACCUUGGAGGAGUUGAUGCGCGGCACUACCAAGAAGGUCACGGUUAAGAGCAAGGCGUUCGACGCCAGUGGCAAGCGCACUGUCCAGGACGUGACCUUGGAGGCUAACAUCAAGCCGGGUCUGCGCACGGGAUCGAAGAUCAAGUACCGCGGCGUGGGCGACCAAGAAGAAGGUGGUCGUCAGGAUGUGCAUCUUAUCGUUACAGAGAAAGAGAACCCCAACUUCAAACGACACGGCGACAACCUCAUCACCACCGUCGACCUCACCCUCAAGGAGGCUCUCACCGGCUGGGAGCGUAUUGUCCGCACCAUCGACGGCAAGUCGAUCCGAGUCGCCAAGCCAGGCCCGACGCAGCCCGGUCACGAAGAACGGUAUCCGGGCUGGGGCAUGACGGUAUCGAAGAAGCCCAGCGAGCGAGGCGACCUGAUCGUGCGCGUCAGCGUCAAAUUCCCAAGCAGCCUGACCACAGAACAGAAGGACGUGCUGAAGGACGUGCUUCCCAAUUGAGUGUGAUUUCAUG